GUAAACAUUUUGAAACAUUUCUAGAGUAAUUAAUUGUUUUUAUUAUUUAUUUAGCUUUUUUCUUUUAUUUCACCAUUCACGAUGCAUCUGAAUCAUCAAACUAAAACAACAAGCCUUUACAGUUUGUUUAAACCUGGCCAUCUAUAUCAAAUUUUGGCCUGUUUAAGUGCUUCGCUUAUUGUGACUUCGGAUGGGAUGCAAUACGGUUGGUCAUCUCCUGUGAUUCCAAUCUUAGAAUCAAAAAAUUCUCCUGUCAAAAUCACAUCAGUUGACUCUACUUGGUUGGAAACUACAUUCCUCUUAUCAGGACCUCUAGCAAUAAUUAUAACACCGCUUUUGGUUGACAAAAUCGGCCGUCACAGGUUGAUUUUAAUAAUUUCUUGCGUUUCUAUAAUAGGAUGGAUUCUCAUCGGGGUUGCGACUCGUGUAGAAAUUUUAUACGUCGCAAGAUUUCUAUUUGGAACCACAUCAGAUAUAAUUUUUUCUGUAGUACCAAUGUACACUUCAGAAAUCGCCGACAAAGAAAUUCGAGGUUUAUUAAACGGUUUCGUUUACGUAUUGUUGUACCUCGGAUUUAUCCUAGUGUACUCUAUAGCUCCAUCAACCCCUUUCUACGUAACGUCAGUAGUGGGUGUAGGAAUUUUAUUUUUACAAAUAUUCACUUUUCUUCCCAUGCCUGAGUCACCAUACUUUUUGGUGAAAAAACAGCGUUACGAAUGUGCAUUAAACUCGUUGAAAAAAUUCCGCUCGAAGAACAGCUGUGAAAUCGAACUUGAAGAAAUCACAACCUAUGUGAAUGACAGUAAAAGUAGCGUAAAAGAAGCCAUUUUUAAAAAAAGUACACUAAAAGUGUUUGUUUAUUUGACCAUAUUGUUUGGAGCGCAACAUUUUUGCGGUCUAAGUGUCAUUUUGAUGAACUUGUAUACAAUUCUUGAAGAAGCUGGUUCAAUAUAUCUCGAUCCAAACACGACGGAAAUAUUAUUUGCAUUGUUAAUGUUGGUUUCAAUGUGUAUUUCGUGUUAUGUUAUUGAUAAAUUUGGCCGAAAAAAUCUGUUAGUUUUGUCAUGCGCUUUAACAGGAGUAAAUUUGAUAGGAUUAGCUGUUUAUUUACACAUGAAAAGUUUAAGAUUCAGUGUUGAUUAUCUAAGUUGGUUACCUUUAGUAUUUGUUAUGUUUUAUGCCGUUUCAUUUAAUAUUGGAUUAGGACUAGUACCCAAAGUUUUAGUUUCUGAAUUAUAUCCCAUUAAAGUUAAAGCAAUCGGAAUGUCUGUUGGUGGCGGUAUAUACGAAAUUGCUGGAACUCUUUCUAUACUAUUUUAUAAAUAUUGUACAAAAGCUUAUGAUAUGUAUAUCGUUUUCUACUUUUUCGGCGCAACUGCUUUUGUAACUGUUUUAAUUACAAUAUUUUUAAUUCCGGAGACCAAAGGAAAAUCAUUGGAAGAAAUACAGGUUAUGCUUGAAGGACCAAAUGAAAAUGCUUAAACAAAUCGAUGGCUAAUAUCAACGAUUUAGAGUAAUGCAUUUUAAAAUUUGUGUAACUGCUUUACUAAUGUGCGCAUUUAAAUAUAGACUUUGUUGAGUACGUUGUACAUAUAAGUAUUUUAAUAAUUUAAAAUUACUGAAAAUUAGCGAUUAUAUACUGAA